AAAAGAGUCUAGAAACUGUUGAGGUAUAAGUCCCGCAAAAUGACUCGCUUAGACGUGGAGAAAACUUUGGAAGAGCUCACGCUCGGUGAGAAGGUGGCCCUCACAGCAGGCAUUGACUUCUGGCACACUGCCUCGGUGCCCCGCUUGAAUAUCCCCUCCCUGCGCAUGUCCGAUGGCCCCAACGGCGUGCGGGGCACCCGCUUCUUCAACGGCGUUCCUGCCGCCUGCUUCCCGUGCGCAACGGCCCUCGGUGCGACCUGGGACACGGAGCUUCUGCACCAAGUAGGGCGGCUGAUGGGCGAGGAGUCCAUCGCCAAGGGAUCGCACAUCAUUCUCGGUCCGACCAUCAACAUUCAGCGGUCCCCGCUGGGCGGUCGAGGCUUCGAGUCCUACGCCGAAGACGGAGUCCUGUCCGGGACGCUAGCGGGCCACUACUGUCGGGGUGUACAGGAGAAGGGUGUCGCGGCAACUCUGAAGCACUUCGUCUGCAAUGACCAGGAGCACGAGCGUUUGGCAGUCGACACGAUCAUCACGAACCGGGCGUUGAGGGAGGUCUACCUCCUGCCGUUCCAGCUGGCGAUGCGCAUUUGCCCGACAGCGUGCGUCAUGACCGCGUAUAACAAAGUCAAUGGGACGCAUGUGAGUGAGAACAAGGAGAUCAUCACAGAUAUCCUCCGGAAGGAGUGGGGAUGGGAUGGGCUGGUGAUGAGUGAUUGGUUCGGAACGUACAGCACCUCCGACGCGAUCAAUGCGGGCUUAGAUCUCGAGAUGCCGGGCAAGACACGCUGGCGUGGAACGGCCCUGGCACACGCCAUUUCCUCGAACAAGGUCGCCGAGUUCGUCAUGGAUGAGCGAGUGCGCAACGUUCUCAACUUGGUCAACUGGGUCGACCCGCUCGGGAUUCCCGAGCAAGCAGAGGAGAAGUCAUUGAAUCGACCGGAGGACCAGGCGCUUCUCCGUCGUACAGCAGCCGAGUCGGUGGUGCUCAUGAAGAAUGAGGGCAAUAUCCUACCCUUGAAAAAGGAAAAGUCGAUCCUCGUGAUCGGGCCCAACGCAAAAUUCGCGGCCUACUGCGGAGGUGGCUCUGCCUCGUUGGACCCGUACUACACGGUGACCCCGUUCGAGGGCGUUUCGGCUAAGAGUCAGGGCUCGGUGCAGUUCGCCCAGGGUGUCUACUCUCACAAGGAACUGCCCCUGCUGGGCCCGCUCCUCAAGACGGAGGAUGGUCAGACCGGCUUCAAGUUCCGGGUGUACAACGAGCCCGCGUCCGAGGCGAACCGGACCCUGGUCGAUGAGAUGCACCUGGUCUCGUCUAGCGGCUUCCUGAUGGACUACGUCAACCCCAAGAUCAAAUCCUUCACCUUCUACGUCGACAUGGAAGGCUACUUCACCCCGGAGGAGGAUGGCGUCUACGACUUCGGCGUGACCGUCGUCGGCACCGGCAAGCUCUACGUGGACGGCGAGGUCGUCGUCGACAACACCAAGAACCAGCGCCAGGGCACCGCCUUCUUCGGCAACGCCACCGUCGAAGAGCGGGGGUCCAAGGCCCUCAAGGCCGGCCAGACGUACCGCAUCCUCCUCGAGUUCGGCAGCGCCCCGACCUCCGACCUAGACAUGCGCGGGGUCGUGAUCUUCGGCCCCGGCGGGUUCCGCUUCGGCGCCUGCCGCCAAGUCACGCAGGAGGACCUCAUCUCGCACGCGGUGGACCUGGCCGCGAGCGCCGAGCAGGUCGUCAUCUUCGCGGGUCUGACCAGCGAGUGGGAGACCGAGGGCCACGACCGCGACCACAUGGACCUGCCGCCCGGCAGCGACGAGAUGAUCGCGCGCGUGCUGGCGGCGAACCCCAACGCCGUCGUCGUCAUCCAGAGCGGCACGCCCGUCACCAUGCCGUGGGUGCACCAGGCCAAGGGCCUCCUGCACGCCUGGUUCGGUGGCAACGAGUGCGGCAACGGCAUCGCCGACGUCCUGUACGGCGAUGUCAACCCGGCCGCCAAGCUGCCCGUCACCUUCCCCGUCCGCCUGCAGGACAACCCCAGCUUCCUGAACUUCCGGUCCGAACGCGGCCGCGUCCUUUACGGCGAGGACGUCUACGUCGGCUACAAGUACUACGAGAAGGUCGACCUCGCCCCGCUCUUCCCCUUCGGCCACGGCCUGUCCUACACCACCUUCACCCGCCGGAACCUUCGCGUCACCGCAUCGGCCCCGGAACAGCCCCAUUUCGCCGCCGACGGCGAGCCCAUCACCGCCACCGUCGCCGUCACCAACACCGGCGCCCUGCCCGGCGCCGAGAUCGUCCAGCUGUGGGUCCUCCCGCCCCCGACGGGCGUCAACCGGCCCAAGCGUGAGCUCAAGGGCUUCGCCAAGGUGCACCUGCAGCCCGGCGAGACCAAGGAGGUCGAAAUUACCGUCGAGAAGAAGCUGGCCACCAGCUGGUGGGACGAGCAGCGCGCCAAGUGGGCGUCGGAGAAGGGCGUCUACGAGGUGCUCGUCACGGGCACCGGGGAGGGGGUCCUGAAGGGCGAGUUCACCGUCGAGAAGACUCGGUUCUGGCUGGGGUUGUAACCGGGGGACCGACCGGUUGCGCACAGGGCACUUUCCUGCUUCUCGGAAGUUUGGAAUCACAGGACUGUCUUCAUUUCCAAGGCUGCUCUCUCUCUAUACCGGUUAUAGUCGAAGUUUGAUUACAUGUUCCUACGAAAUAUGCUAUGAUCUGAUG